UAUAUUGUGAGCACAUAUGAGUGUCAGUCGCUCUUCUGUCAGAGUGAGAAGUGACUGUGUGACUGAAGUAGCAUCACACUCUUCUGCUGGGAUUGGACUCUUCUGGAAACUGGACUUUAGAGAAAUGAUGCUCAUCUUUGGACUGAUGCUGCUGCUGCUGCAAACUGCUGCAUCUCCUAUUGGCUCAGUGGAAGUGUCAAUCAUCUGCUCCUCCAGUGGGGUGAUGAGGGUGUCCUGCUCCUCUGAGGGGGAUCCGCUCCUCUACAGCUGGACUCUGAAUGGAGAUCCACUGAUGGAUGGAAACAGCAGCAUUGAUCUGGAUGAGGGAACUGAUGGAGACAUCAGCUGCAGCGUGAAGAACCACGUCAGUCACGCACAGAACACCAUUAGAGUCCAACCCUGUGCUGGACCAACUACUGCAGCUGUGACCUCUAGUUUGACCUCUGCAGUGACCAGCAGCACACAGACAUCAGAAUGUGUGUGUUCAGUGUCUGUGGUGUUUGUGCUGGUCUGGUGUCUUCAGCUGAUGGUUCUGUUGGGUCUGUUAGGAGGUUUUCACAUCUACAUGAGACACACGUCAGGAAAGAAGCAGGAAGAUCAGAAAGUGAGGAUGAGAAGAUUUAGAGAAGGACCUGAACACACAGCAGAAGAUUCAUGAGAGCAGCAGAUCAUCACAUCUAUGAGAAAUAACUUCAUA